CCCAUAACCAACGUCGUACGUUUUGGGCGUUUCCGAAAGUUCCCCGGAUGAAGUUGUGAUUGACUGUUACACGGCUAAAAAGUUGAGCUCUUGCCGAGAGGUGGUUCUGCAGCCCGGGUGUUCUAAGGAAGGCAGAAUGCAGACCAUGAAGUGUGUAGUGGUGGGGGACGGUGCUGUGGGUAAAACAUGCCUCCUCAUCUCCUACACCACCAAUGCUUUCCCAGAGGAGUACAUCCCCACCGUGUUCGACAACUACAGCGCCCAGAUGACGGUAGAUGGUCGCAGCAUCAGCCUCAACCUGUGGGACACAGCCGGACAAGAGGAGUACGACCGCCUCCGUACUCUGUCCUACCCCCAAUCCAACGUCUUCGUCAUCUGUUUCUCCAUCGGGAGUCCUUCCUCCCACGCCAACGUCCGCCACAAGUGGCACCCGGAGGUGUCUCACCACUGCCCCAGCGUGCCCAUCCUCCUAGUGGGGACCAAGCGGGACCUGAGGAGUGAUGGGGACACGGUGAAGAAGCUGAAGGAGCAGGGUUUAGCUCCCACCACACAGCAACAGGGGAACAGCAUGGCUAAGCAGAUAGGAGCGGUGAAGUACAUGGAGUGCUCUGCUCUGACACAGGAAGGGGUCAGGGAAGUGUUCAACGAGGCAGUACGGGCCGUGUUGUAUCCUGUUACCAAAAAGAAUGCCAAGAAGUGUGUACUGUUGUAAUGAAAUGGGUUGGUGACUGGGACUAAGGGAGGCACACGGCUGGAGAGAGACUGACGGGGAGCUAGUUUGAGUUUGUUGGAGGAGAUGGACUCAGGCCCCUCUGCCUGUAAAGACUCUUGAUUCAGCUCACUUCUCUCCUUCCUCCAGUACUCUCAAAAUCAAAUCAGGACCUCAAAGCCAGUUCCACGGCAUUUAUUUAGUUCCUUCUUACUCUCUAAUCAGGGAAAAGCUUUAGACCUGGGACACCAGGUGGGAGAGCAAUUCAUAAUCAGGCAGAACUGAAAACCAGUUGCAGUCUGGACCUCGUAGGGUCAGAGUUGAAUACCCUGGCUCUAUUCUUUUCCUCUCUGCAGAGUUUAAUCCACUUCUCAUUGUAUCACCAAAGUGACUAUGCCAACAGAGCUGCAGGGGAGAAUAUAGUCUUUCUCUCCCCAGUCUGCUCAAACUCCUAUUAAUGUUAUCUAUUGAUAUCACUUGAUUUGUAGCAAUGUUCUAAAAGAUGCUUCUGCCUCAGCUAAUGCAAUCGGUCUAUUUUGUUUUGUGCAAUCCCUUCUUUUUAAGAUGUUCCAUAAUGACAGAUCCCCAACCUGAUAGAGCUGGAGAGACGAGCUUUAGUAUAAAGAUAUCCACUCCCUCAAUCACAGCCUAUCCAGUCAGCUAUUCAGGAUACCCAUCGAGUACUGUUGAAACCACACCUGGAAAUAGGUUUUGGGCAUCUUGAUUUGUGCAGCUCUCUGCAUUAGCUAGGUGUCCAGUUUACCUUCUUAAUUCACCUUCAAAUGACCCUAAACCUUAAUUUACCUCCAAAUGACCCUAAACCUUCUUAAUUUACCUCCAAAUGACCCUAAACCUUCUUAAUUUACCUCCAAAUGACCCUACACCUUCUUAAUUUACCUCCAAAUGACCCAACACCUUCUUAAUUUACCUCCAAAUGACCCUAAACCUUCUUAAUUUACCUCCAAAUGACCCUAAACCUUCUUAAUUUACCUCCAAAUGACCCUACACCUUCUUAAUUUACCUCCAAAUGACCCUACACCUUCUUAAUUUACCUCCAAAUGACCCUACACCUUCUUAAUUUACCUCCAAAUGACCCUACACCUUCUUAAUUUACCUCUAAAUGACCCUACACCUUCUUAAUUUACCUCCAAAUGACCCUACACCUUCUUAAUUUACCUCCAAAUGACCCUACACCUUCUUAAUUUACCUCCAAAUGACCCUACACCUUCUUAAUUUACCUCCAAAUGACCCUACACCUUCUUAAUUUACCUCCAAAUGACCCUAAACCUUCUUAAUUUACCUCCAAAGGACCCUAAACCUUCUUAAUUCACCUCCAAAGGACCCUAAACCUUCUUAAUUCACCUCCAAAGGACCCUAAACCUUCUUAAUUCACCUCCAAAGGACCCUAAACCUUCUUAAUUCACCUCCAAAGGACCCUAAACCUUCUUAAUUUACCUCCAAAUGAUCCUAAAUCUUCUUAGUUCACCUCCAAAUGACCCUAAACCUUCUUAAUUACAAAUGGACAUUAGCCUAAUCCAAUUAUGAUGCAAGGGCCAAAUCAAUGGGGUUGUGGGCAGACAUUUUAAAAUCAAUGAAUCGAAUGGUUGGAUGACUGUUGUGAGUUUUUAUGAUUAAUGCUGACAAGAAUGAUGGAACGACAGAGAUAUCAGAUUGUUGGUUCCGGUUAUUUAUGCAAAUUACAUUUUAUGUGCCUUAUUGUAUGAUAUUUGAUUUUUAAAUUUUAUCUACCUUUUUAAAAUCUAGAUGUACAUGCAUUAGAUCCCAAAAUGAUUGUAUUAUAAAUAUGUUGUGUGUGUACUAGUCUCUGGGAGUAACUCAACAUUACAUCCUCUCAGAAGAACCAAAGCUUCUUUCAGAAGGUGAAACAAACCUUUUGAUUUGACACGAUGUUUCCUCCCUCUCGGAAGCGGAUGUAGAGCUGACAUCAGAGAGGUGGUGUGGGUGUUGUGGUGUGAACUUGUGUUCACAGCCUUCAGCGUUUGCCACUAGAAUGUGAUUUAUGCUACAGCCUAUACGAUGCUGGUAAAUGGGUGGUGGGGUUUACAGGCUGUGUGAUAACUGACAACGGCAGCAGGAAGUAGGGCUCAGAUUCCAGUAACUGUACAUUAUUUAGGCUUGUCUUUUUAUUUCUGCAUCUUUUUAUUAAAUGAAUGAACCAUG